AUGGAGCACCAUCUCGCCGUCGACGACUUCAUCCAUCACCACCUCCUCGUCGGCGACUUUGACCCCCUCCUCCUCCUCGUCGACCGGUCCCCACCGCCCAUCCCUCCUCCUUACCACGACGCCCCCCUAUACCCGACCACGACCGACGCCGCCCCGCCGUCGGGUCCGGACAUCGGACAGCCACCCGAGGGCGGGAGGCAACCGCUGCCGUCCUCGGAUGAUCUGUCCGUCGGCAGGCGGUACCGUGGCGUCCGGCAGCGGCGCUGGGGGAAGUUCACAGCGGAGAUCCGGGACCCCUGCCGCCGGGGGGCCCGGAUCUGGCUCGGGACGUUCGACUCCGCCGUCGAGGCGGCGAGGGCGUACGAUCAAGCCGCCUUCCGGAUGCGCGGUCGCAGGGCGAUCCUCAACUUCCCCAAUGACGUCGGGAGAUCCCAGCACCGUUUCCCGCUGGUGGCGGACGAUGCCAUCAGCCGCGGCGGCGGCGGCGGAGGAGGAGGAGAUGGCGCAGGUCGUCAUCCGUAG